CAGGUGUUUUUUUUCUUAUCAAAUACACGCGCAUGUAAGCGUCAUUUAAUCUAUCUAAUAUAAUCCGUGGUGGCGGAAUAAAUAUCACAUUUACACAAUUUACGUAGGUACCCAAGGUACCUAUCACAAAAUAGAUUUUAUCUACUAUGCCAUGUGUCUAUCAUACAAAUUGUUUUUUUUUCUUGUUUUUAUGUAUGUUAUUUGAUUAUUUUAAGAAACAUUUUUGUUGAACGUACGUAAUGAGUUCAAACACGUUCAAACGUCGAACAAGAACGCAACCUAAGCUUAUCGGGCAGUCGUAGAUGUGUGAUGUAUACGUAAUAAUAUGCAGGUGAUACGGUUUUAUUUCUUAUUUUUAUUUAUUUUUUUGUACAUAUAGUUUAUUAACAUGAGGUGAAUUCGAUAAUCUAAAAAUAAAUAUAAACAUAUACAUACCUAUACCUAUAUAUAUAUAUAUAUAUGUAUAUGUAUAUAUUCGUAUAUAUAUAUAUAUACAUACGCGAUGUUGUCUCAAACAAACAUCACUAAAGAGAACAUACAUUCAGGACAAUUUAUGGUUUCAAAUUUUGAGGCUGAAGCCCAAGAUGAUGAAUAUCAAGUAGCAGUACCCGUAUCUGAAGAAAUAUUAACGCGGGCUGAUAUAAAUAAUUCAAAAACAUCCCUAAACAAUCUCUUUCAAUGCAUGUCUUUUGCUUACAGGUAAACCCAUUACCCAUACUAUUCAUAAUUGUAUAAUUUUAGAAAAAAAAUAUGUAGGUAUCUACUUAAACUUAUAAAUACCAAUUAUCAUCUGGGUAUUUAAUAAUUUGGGAUGAAUGAGAAUUGAUGAUUUUUAUUCGAAAUUAAGUAUUAACACGAAACACAAGAAAUAUCUAUAAUAACAACUUUAUAACCUGUUAUUGACUAUAAUUGUAGUCAUACACUUUUACCUAUAUAAUAAUUAUUUUUUUAAUGGCUAUUAAUCUAGGUACCAAGUCUACUUAUACAAAACAAUAUUGUUUAAAUAAAAUAAUAUAGGUAUUAUAUAAUAACUAUCAAUAUACCUAUUGUAUUUAAUAUUUAAGUAAUUUUCACAUUUGUUUAUUUAUUGUAUUACCUAAAUACCGAUUUUAAAUAAUAUAUAUUUUAUAAAUAAAUAAAUUAAAAAGAAGUGUUUGCUAAUUUAAUAUCUAUUUUAUAAUGUAUAUUAAUUCUAUUUAAGUAGGGACUUACAUAGUUCUGAUAUAUUUGACAUAUGUAAUACAAGUAAAGGUAUUACAAAAUUAAAAAUUAUACAACCAAUUAUUAUAAUUGUAUAUUGGUAUAUGAUUGUUCAUAAAUAAUUUCACAUUUAUAUUAAACAUAAGCUUAAUUAUUAUUAAUUUAUGUAUUGAUAAAUACAUAUUGUUCUAAUCAAACAUCGAAGUGAGCUUUUUGUAUCAUUUUGGAUUUAGUAAAUGCAUUGUAAAGAGCAAUUUUUUAUUUUCCUUGUAAUUUUCAUUACAAUUGAGAAAUGUAUAUGAAAAAACCACAAAUUUAUUAAAAAAAGUUUCAUUAUUUUCAAAUUUUUUGUAAUGUAAUUAAAAAUAAUUGUAGAGACGUACAAUUUGUACAGAAUAUUUUUUUAAAUCUUUUUAAGAUGUGUAAUUAAAUGUUAAAAAUAUUAUAGUGAUUUUUAAGCAUUUAAUAGGCAUUUGUCAUUUUCAAGUAUUUUACUAAGUAUUUUAAUUUGGUUUUAUGUAGAUAGAAUUGUUUAGUGAAACAGAAAUGAUUGACAAUUUCAUAAGAGGUUCAAUAUAAGUUGUACUUAUUGAUUAAAAUACAAGUUGAGCGAGAUAUAGUUGUUUAUUUUAAAAACAUAUUAAGUUAACAUUUUGAUGAAAAUCUUAAAAAUUGCAGCAUUUCAAUACAUGUUGACACAUUGACUGACAACUGCUGUAGCAGUAAUUUGUAAAAUGUCAUAUUAUGUCAAUACUGCUGAAGUAGUAAUCUUUUCAAUGGUGGUAUCAAAUCAUAAAAGACAGUAGACUGCCACAUUACGGCAGUCCACACUGAUCAAUUUACAAUGAUUUUGGGUGUAGUUAUAACAGCUACUAAUAUAACAGUAAAAAUUGUAUUACAAGUGUGUGUCAAUGUGUUAACCAAAUUUCGCUGUGAAUCAUAUUUCAUUAGCAAUGAUUUGUUAUUUUUACAGAUACAAAUUAAAUUAUUUUAUGUUUCCUACCUCUCCAACUUCCUACCAACAAAUGUGGCACUUCCAUCUGCAGUAUCGAGUCUUUUUUACAUUUUUCUCUUUUCUCUGUGAUUCUCGAUAUGGUUUUUCAUAAUAAAUUGAUUCUAGGAGUGACAGUGCGAAACAAAUGCUAAAUAUCUAAAAAUUUAGUGCUUGGUGAUAAUGCAUGAGUACCUAAAUAUAUUUAUUAUGUUGUAAUAAAUACAUCUAAUUUCAAUAAAUAUUUCUCAACCAAAUUAGUUAUACCCACAUCUACAAUAAGUAUAUAGAUUUAUAUUAUAAGUGAUGUGAUCCAAUAAAUUCAAUAUAAAUAUAACUUAAUUCUAAUUAAAAAUAAGUAUAAUAAAUUUAUUUGGUACAUUAUUUUUAAUGAUUGAAGUAUCCACAUUAUUUUCAUAAAUCGGCUAUAUAUGUAUAUAUAACUAAAAUGUAAUUUUUUAAAUUAAAUAUUUUAUUUUUAUAAAUAUAAACGUUUUAGGUAUUACUUAUAAACAUUUUUUUUUUUUUUUUAAAUUUGUAAAGAUACAUUUUUUAGUUGAUUUAACCACUGAUAACAUUCUAACUAGCUUAAUUAUUAAUUUAUAUUUAUUUCUAAUACAUAUUCAGAAAAUUACGUUAAUACAUUUGCUUUUAAUGAAUAUUGCAUGUAAUAAGAUAGUUUUUGUAAUAUUGUUAAACUAAAGUUUAAAAUUGAUCUUUUAAAUUUAGACACAAACUAACUUCUCCUAAAUGGAAUCGUUUCAAAGGAGUUCGUUUAAGGUGGAAAGACAAAAUUCGUUUGAACAACUUAAUUUGGAGAUGUUGGCAUAUGCAAUGUAAGUUAUUUUUCUAGAUUACAAUUUUACAUUGAGACUUAUCACAAUUUAUGCUAUUUAAAUGACGGUUAAACGUUUUCUUAUCUUACUUUUAAUGUCUGAUUAUAAAGGUCUUAACAUUUGACAUUGUAGUCAACUGAGACAAACUCUUUAUUAUAUUAAAUCUUUGGUAAGUGUAAAAUAGUAAAAUCCUUCAUACUAUAUUACACAUAUUUUAUUCAUAAUUUACAUGAAGUAAUUUUUUUAAAUUCAAUUUACAGUUACUUAUACACAAAUAAAACAAAUUAUUGGAAUAGUAUUUCUUGGACAUUUAUCAUACCUACAAAACAAAUAUUCACUUUAAAAGUUUAUACAAUAUAGUUAUUAUUUUUUUAAAGUUUAAUUUAAAUUUUUUGUAUUAUUUGAGAACUUUUGAAUAAUUUAUUAUGGAGAUUGUUUUCAUACAUUUCUAUUAAUUGAAUACUGGUGAAUAUUAUAUUCUUUAUAAAAUUAAAUACAAGAUAUAAGUAAAAAAUUUAUCUUUAAGGUCGAUCAAAAUUUGGUUCUGGAGUAAUAUUUUAAGUAAUAUGAUACAUUUUUAUGCACUAUAUUAAUUAAUUAUAAAUUUGAUAAAUUCUUUUAUUAUGCUUUAUGUAUCAUUUUAUUUACAUGAUCAUUUUUAUAAACAUAGAAUUCAUCUCAAAUUCUUAUUAAUAAAUAUUUUAACAAUAUAAAUACCAGUUUUUUUAUAAUUAGUAUAAAUUAAAUAUUAUGUGAAUGAUUUUCCUUUCAUAUUCCUACUAUAUUAAACAUAAAUUAGUAAAAGUUAUCUAAUAGACCGGUUUUCAUAUUAAUAUUAACUAAAAUAAAAAUAUGGUAAUUUAUUUAGUUUUAUUUUUUCUUAAUAAAAUAAUACUUUAACAGCUAAAUUAUUAGCCUUGUACUGGUUUUACAGCCAUAUAAUUAUUGUAGUUUUUACGAUUAUACUAAAAAUUAUUACUUGUACAUAAUAAUUAACUAUUAUAAAAUAUACAUACAUUUUUUAUUUAAAUCAUAAUGAAUAGAUUUAAAUUUUAUAUAUAAGGAAAAUUAGUUCUAAAAAUUUGUAUUAGAUAUUAGAUAGAAAUUUAUUUUUUUAGUUAUUUUAAUAUUUUAUUAAAAUAUUAAAAAGUAGUAACUGGUUGUGAUUUUAUCUUUUUCUAUAAAAAUUAAAUUUUAAAUUAUUAAAAAAAAAACCUAAAAUUAAUGAUGUCAAAUUAUUACCUUAAGUUAAAAUUGUGUUAAUUUCGAACUACAGAAUAUUAAUAAAGAAUUAUUAUCAUUAUUAUUUAUACUAAUGGAAGGCUUGAGUAAACCUUUAAUGUUAAACACUUAAAAGAUAUUCUUAUACACCUAUUUUAGUUCUAUUAUAAACCAUAUAAAUGUACAUAUCUUAUAUCUAUGGAUAUGUGUAUUGUUUAUUCUGCUUGUGGUCCUUUAUUAGAAUAAACUUGUCAAAAAUUAAUAAUUUUAUAUUAAUUUUUGACAAGGCAAAUUAAUAAUUACUUUAUAUAAUUAUUUGUUUGGAAUAUAUUUUUAUUAAUAAUUACUAAACAAAAUUAUAAAACAUGUCAUUUUAUUAAUCAUAGUAUAAUACAAUUAUUAAAUUUGAUGUAUUUGUUAACAGUUAUUAAGAAAAGUAGUUAUAUGAUCUGUCAAUUUGCAUCACCAGUGGAAAUUGUAGAUAUUCAUAAACAACCCGAGGUAAUUUUAAAUUUAAUUUUCAUUCUGAGUUUGUUUUUCAUUUUUCAUUUAAUUUAUUUUCAGGCAGUUGUUUUGGAAGGAAAAUACUGGAAAAGAAAAUUUAAUGCUGUUACUGCUGAAUACAAAAAAUGGAGACUAUUUUAUCGAAGUUUAUUACAAAAUGGCUUUAAAGAAAGACAGAAAUUAGUAAAUAUUAAUUUGUAUACAUUGUAUUUAAACAUUUAGACCAAUUAUUUAUGAAACUACUUGUAGAAUAUGUUCUUGUACCUAUACAAAAAUAGAUAGUUUUCUUAUAGCUGCAAGAUACUUACCUAUACAUUCAAAUUGGAAGAGUUGUAGUAGAGCAUCAUUUGAAUAGUAUUUUACUACUUUCCCCCUAACCAAACUUAAAAGUGAAAUAUUUUGUCAACAGAUUGAGAGAAAUCAAUAAUUUCAAUACAACAAUUAUUUAAACUAAUACUCCAUCAUUUUAUGGAAUUGUUGCUUAAUUUUUUUUUAAAUUAAGGGUGAUAAAAAUAAGGACAUUAUAACAUUUUAGUAUAUAUGAUUCAAAAAAGUUUUUACAUAAUUCAUUUUUUGGAAAAAAAUAAAUGUUUCAUGAAAAAUUUGACUGUAUCAUGAAAUUUGAAUGGUUUGUAUAUUAUAUAGUUGUACAUAAUUGGACAUUUUAUUUAAUUUGUUUUUAUAUAUUUUUAUUUAAUUUAAUUUAUAUUUAACUAAUAUAAAAGUACAUUUAAAACACCAUAUGUUAAAAUUUUAACUUUUUAUAAUAAAUAAUAUGUUUUAGUUGAAAGAAUUCUUAGAAUGGCAGAAAAAUAACAAUAGUGACAUACGAAUUGAUGAUGAUUAUAUGAAUUUUAUAAGUGAUACACUUUUUUCAACAGUAACUUCAAAUCAUCGAAUAUUUGAAUUUCCGAAUGCCAGAGAAGGUAUGUAAUAAUAAAAAUAUAUGUAUUUAUAUUUAAUGGUUAUACAUAGUUUUAUAUGGUUAUUUAGAAUGUUGAUAAUUAAUUAUUUUAAAUAUUCUACACAUACAUUUUUACACUUAAAAAAAAAAAAUAUUUCAAUAUUCGUGAAACAUUUUGUCAGUAUUAAUACUAAGUCAUAAUUAUAUUUUGAUUAAACUAAGAAGAAUUCCCUAUUUAUAGUAGGUAAUCUUUUUAUAGGCUGAUAGUUUGGUAUAGUAUUUUUAUCUUUUUUAUAAUAUAAUUCAUGAAGAUCUCUAAUAUUUUGAAUCAAGAAUAAGUUACAAGAUGUGUAACUUAAAGUGUAAAUUUGUAACAGGUUUAAAGUUCAAAACACAGAGAAUUCAGAAAAUAUAACAUAAUAACAUUCUUAAUGGCCAUGUUCAAAAAUCAAUCAUUUUUAAUGUAUUACAUAGUCAGAAUUAUCCAAUUAAAAUAAAUUGUGCUUUUGAAAAAAAUUAUUCAAUAUAAUAAUUAUAUCAUAAUAUGGAGAUUUAUUAAUUUAUCCUUAUUUAUUUUGAACUUACAUUAUAUUGUAUAUGUAUACAUUAUUAUGAACAAAUAAACAAUAUCAUGAGAUAAUUACUUUAGUAGACAAUUUACCUUUCUUGAACUAUUUUGGAAAUGAAUUAAUUAAUUAUUAGAUUUGGAACAUAGUGAGGGAUUUAUUGGUUUUUCCAUAAUAAUGGUGUUACCUAUUUCAUUAUUCUUAAUUAACACACUUAAUACUUAAAACUUAACACUUAAAGUUUUCUAAUAAGCAUUUUGCUUUAUUCAAAAAAUGCUAUGAAAUCUUUUUUAUUGAAUUUUUGAUCAAACUGGUGAGAAAGUCUAAUUUAUUUAUUUUUCAAACAGAUUUUAUAAUAUUUGGGAAAAAUUGGAGAAAAUGACAUGAAAUGAAAACUAACAAAUAUAGGGGGUUACAAUUUCAUUAUUUUAAAGUUGUAUGAAUUAUUUUUUGUACCCAAAGUCAUGUUCUGAUCAAAAAAUGACAAGAGCCUUUUUUUUUUUGUUAUGUUAUGGAUGAUUCUAGGUGGUGAGUAAAAAUGUCAGUUGUGGUUUAUUUUAUUUUUCAUGUAGUGUUCUUAAUAACUGAGUAAAGCCAAGAAAGUUUGUUUUUUUUUUUUUUUUUUUUGUAAUUCAGUGAAAAAUGUUUGUGAAAACUUAAAAUCUUGACAGAAAGCUAUAUUUAUGUUUUCUGAAUGUAGUAAAAUUUUUAAAGAAUUUUGGCGAUGUUUGUGCUGUUUAUAGGCAAUUUAUAUUUCUUAGGUUUUUGGUGGAUAAAAUAGUUUGCCCAUACAGAAAUGUUUGAAAAUUUAACAUGAGGUUCAUUUUAAGCCAUACUUAGUGGUAAAAAAACAAAUGUUGAGUGUAAAUUAGUAGUUUUUUUAUAAUUAUUUUAAGAUCAAAUUUGUAUGACAAUCAUAAAUAUUAUGGUAUUUUAAAAUAUGUAUAACUGAGUUUUGAUCAGAAUCAUAUUUCACUAGAAAUGGUUUAUUUUUACUUACAGUUAUAAAUUAAAUAAUUUUAUAUAUCCUACAGUAUCAACUUCCCAUCUACAACAGCGGCCCACCUAUACCCAGUAUCAGCUUUUUUUUCUUGUAUGUGUUUAAAUAUAAUGAUAAAAUAAGUAUUUAAAUCUAAUAUUAAACAUUUAAAUAACUAAAAUUUAAAUUUAUUUAAAAAAAAACAAAUUUUUUAGUGUUAUCAAUUUAAAUGACUAUUUAUAUAUAAUAUAGUUUCCACAUGAUUAAUUAAAAAUCAGGUCUUCAAAGAAAUGUAAAAUAUAAGGAAAACUAAUUAGUUAGGUAAUCUAUUUAUUUAAUUUUUACAUACAACUAUCACAAAUCAAAUACAUUCCUUUUAAUUAUAGAUAGGUUGGAUUUAACAUUUCAUUUACUGUAUGCCGAUUAUAUCAUACAUUUUUUUUUUAAAAAUUAUUAGUUUUUAUAAUCUUAGUUUAGUUAUUUAAAUUUAAAAAUAGGUAUUGUGAUUUUUGUCAAAUUAUACAUUUAAAUACAUUUUUUUUUUACAUUUUUACAAAAAUAUUUUAAGGUUUAGAAAUAAGGUUAUGUAAUUUCUAUAAUUUAUCUAAAUAAUUAAUUGUGUGUAGUUUAAAAUGUUUAUUGUAAAGAUAAGUUUCUAAAUAUAAGAGCUCUUUGGAUAAGCUAUAGCCAUAGAUAAGAGUUAUAGAAUUGGGGAUUUACAUAUUACGUUAUAUAAGUGUUGAUUGACUGAUCUAGAAAACACCUUAAUUUAUAGUUUAUAUGUUUAUAAACCAUUACUUUUAGUUUACGUAAUAAAAUUAUGUCUUCAGAAAAAUAACUGUUGCUACAUAGGUAUUACUUUAAAAAGAACAAUUUUAAUUUUAAAAUGUUUUAUUCUAAACAUUGGUAAUUAAAAAACUGAAUUUUGAAAACAAAUUUUUGGCCUCUUAAUUUUGAAUCAAGAUUCUACUAAAAAAUCCUGUAUUAAUCCUCUAUCCUUUAUGGGUACAGUUUGAUUUAAUUUUUAAUUAUUACCUACUGAAUAAUUUCAGUCAUUUUUCUUGAUUAGGAUCUGAUAAUAAUUAAGUAAAAUUAUAUUUGUUACUAAAAUGUAUGUUUUUAAAGCGAUAAUAGGUUAAACUUUGUACCAUUCUAAAAAAUAUUGUUUCAAAUGGCGUCCUUGAAAAAAAACCAUUCGGUGUAGCAAAUAAUUUAUUAAUCGUUCAUUAAAAUUUAAUCUUUGACUUUGGUGAUAUUUUUAUUUUGAUUCUCUCACAGAACCUUUGCGCCUCAGAAAAAGGAUAAAUACAUUAAUUUUAUAAUAGUUUAUUAUUAUAUCAAUUACAACUGUUAUACUGGUGAUUGCUAGUUUUUAUAUUAUAGAAGCAAGUUAGAAAUAAAUAAAUUAAAAACAUUAAUAUUUUAUUUUUUAAUACAAAUUUAGUUAAAUUAUAGAAUUUUUUUUUUAAUGCAUUUUAUUUCUGUCAAUAUAAAUAUGUUUGAAUAUUAUAAACAUAUAUAACUCAUAAUUUCCUAUUAAACUUAAUAUAAAUCACUUUUAUUACCUUAAUAUAUUAUCGAGUUAGUUGGUAGCAUACCCCAUAAUUACCUUACAAGUACAAUUUGUAUAUUAAAUGAUACCUAAUACCAUUUUUCAUAUAUUGAACAAUUAUAAAUAAUGUAAAUAUUUUAUAAAUAGAUAAUUUUUAAAACAGUUAUCAUCACUAUCAUAUUCUAAACAAAACUUUUAAAUUUGCUGUUUUCUUAAUUUAACUUAUUUGAAAUUUGUAUUCUUAUAAAAUAAAUUAAUAAUUAAAACAAUUACUUUUUUUAGUUUUAAAAGUAUAAAUAUUUAAAGCAAAAUUAUUAUAAGUGAUAAAUGUUUGAACUUUUUUUUCUUAAGAGGGGUAUCACUGUAACAUUUGCUGCCUUAUCUUACAGGCAAUAUUAUACAAAUGUGUUCCUAUUGUUGUACUUCCAAGUUAAAUUAUUCUACUACCUAGGUAACUAUAUUAUGCAAGAUAAUAAAUAUACAACAGAAAUAAAAAGAAGCAUAGCUUUGACUUAGCAAGCCUUCAUUAAGAAUCAAAAUCUCUUAAUAGAUACUUAUCUAUUAAAAUUAGGAAGAUAUUUAUUAAAAUGUAUGUUUGAAGUGUAACAUAAUGUGGUAGCGAGUCCUGGACUUUAAGCACUCUAGAUAAAAGAAGAAUAGAAAUAUUAGAGGUGUGAACAUAGAGAGAAAUGAUGAAGAUCAGUUGAACAGAAAAAUUAAUCUAAUAUGGAAGUGUUAAAUAUGAUAGACAAACCUAGACAAAUUAUCAAAACUAUGAAAAUAAGAAAAACUAAAACUUUUGGACACAUGAGACAUAACAAGUUUAUUAAAAAUAUUAUGGAAGGAAAGAUAAAUGGGAAAAGAUGUAGAGAAUGGCUGAAGGAAACAAAUUUGGGGAAUAUGAAGAAGUUAUCAUCUAUAACAAGUUACAAAGAAGUGAAAAGAUUAGCAGAUAAAAGAGAGGAUUAUUUACAGCGAAAAGGCGAUAGUACUCAGGAUCAAAUAAAAAAAUAAUAAAACAUGUUUAUUUUUUUUAAAGUUUGAAUUAUAAAAAGAUUAUUUGGGAAAUAGAUAUCAAAAACAGUGAAAACAUAGUAAAUGUUGUCAUCUUGAAUUCAGUAAAAUCGUCUAUUAAAUCAUGAGUACUAUUGGAAGUACAAAAACAUUUAUUAGGUAUUCAUUUUCUGUGAAAUAAAUAGAGCGCAAAUAUUACUGUAGUGCCCUCUUAAAUAACAAUUCCAAGGAAAAGUAUAUACCUCUAAAAAUCACUUUAAAUUUACACUUAAUAAUUAAAAUUAAAAAAAAAAAAAAAUGUACACUAAUUUUAACAAUAGGGUCAAAAGGGCCCUAAAUUUUUUUUUUUUUUAAAUCAAAAAUGACAGAGGAUUCAGAGGAGUCUAAAAUUCUCACCCCUUUCCCUAUAACAACUCUAACCAUUAAAUGCAUUUUUCUAUUACUACAAUAAUUUUUUGUUUUAUUAUAUGUGUAUUCAAGGCUUUUUUGGCGUUUUUGUUUGUUUUUUUGUAGAUUUUAAGUGCAUAAAGUCCCGAGCCCCCCAAUCAUUAUUUAAUUUGCUGCAGUAAUAAUAUUAACUCAAAUUAGUUGUACAUUUUGGAGAAUGGAACAUAUUUUAACUUUUUUGUGCAUAGCCAUAAAUUUAUUGAGUAAAUCUGAUAUUUAUUAUUUUAUUUUCAACACCAUCUAUUAUAUUAAAUUGAAAUUUCUCCUCAUACAUUUACCCCUUAUAGUGUGUUUAUUAAAAUAUAUCUAUAUUUAUAAUACUUAUGUAUAUAUUUAUAAUAUGGUUUUUUAAGUUUUUCUCUGAUAUAAUAUCAUUGAUUCCUACCAAAUAUUUUAUCCACUGUGAAGAGUUUUCCAUAAUUAAACUUGUUGCUCCAUAUUAUGCUUACCUAUGUGAAGUAUAUAAAGUUGUUUGUAUAUUUUCCACUUCAUAUGGGUACCUAUCUAAAUAUUAUUUCAUUUUCAUAUUAGGUAUUGUAUUUAGUAUCUAUUGGCAAGACUUUAAAGUAAUAAUCUAUUGAAUAUACACUGACUACUAUUAAGAAUAUCUGUCUAAAUUAUAGCAAUAAUUUAUAAUUAGAUAGUAUUUACUUAUUUAAUUGCUCUUAUCGGCUUACCAGUAUGUCCCAAAUACUACUUGAAAAACCAAUUAAAGUGUUUAUCAUUUAGAAAACAUAAAUUCAAUGAUUAGAUUAUAAGAAGCUCUACGCCUACGUAACCCUGCAGCUAUUGCCAUAAACAAUAACUAGACAAAUUGAUACUGUUCUGUAACACUUGUAAUAAUUGAGGUACAUUAUAUUUCUUAACAUUAUGUAUGAUUUUUAAUCAGCUCAUAGGUUAAAGUCCAAUAUAAUAAUAACUAAGUUUUAUUGUAUUCAUAAUGUAUGUCUAUUGAGGUUUCAAAAUAUAUUUCAUAUUAAAUUAAAUCAAUGUGUCCUUUAUAUUCAAUUUGUUUUAUAUAAAUGAGGUAGGUAUGAUCAAUAAAUAAAAAAAUUACUUAUAAGAAAAUGUUUUACAAUUCCAUAUUAUCAUUACCUAUUAAUAAUAAAAAUAACAUGUGAGUUUUGAUGUAUAUUUAUCAGUGGGAGGUUAAAUAAUAAUAUUGUAAAUAGGUACUCAUUAAAUUAACUCAUUGUAUAAAAUACUACAAGUUGCUCUACUGUUAUAGUAUAGUAAUAAUUAGUUAUUACUUAUAGUGGUGAAUCACAUUUUUAUGCUUUUUAAUAACGUCUGUUUAAUAGUCGUAAGCGUUUCAAGGAAGAAAAAAUAGCAAAACACUGCUUUAUCGAAAUUAUAAUACGUUCUUUUUUGAUAAGAUUAGGUUUUAAAUAUGGCUUUUUUAAAGAGGUCUAAAACUAUAGUAAAUCCAUAUCAGCAAAUUAGUAUUGAAAUCGUAUCAAGCAUAAUUUACACGCCUAGAAUGCUGAGUUCUAGUUCUUAUAUCAUUAUUAUAACAUAACUAAUAUGUUUCCUUAAUACAUUUUUAUAUCUAUAAAAGCAAAAGUGAUGGCUAUUGUUGUAGGAUAAUUUUUUUUUUAUGUAAGCUUAACACCAUAACUUUGUUUUUUCCUGUUAAGUGAUUUUAAUAAGUGAAGUGGAGAUAAAUUAAUUUCAUCAAUAUAAACAGUGAUUAUGAUUUUUAUGUAAACGUAUAUUAUUUUUAUUUUGUUUUGUUAUUUUUUUCAGACAGGUCUACACAUAUUGCCGAUUUAAUACAACCGAGCUUGGGACAAUUGCAGCCAAAUUUGGAUGAAUUCAUGGAUACCAUAGAACCUUUACAAGGUAAAUUAAUGUUUAAUAAUUAUUUAUACCUAAUAAUAUUACACAAUUUAAUUAAACAAAUUAAAUUAAUUUUUAAAGUUCUUAAACCUUAAUUGUAUUUUAAAAUUAAUUAAUACUAUUAUACAAAUAUAAUAACAAUAAUAAUAAAUAAAAUACUGAACUUAGACAAUGACAAUAAUAAUAAUUGUAAGACUUCCUAAUGAAACAUUGUGAAAAUAUAAUAUUGUUUAUUUUACAUAAAUUUUGUUUUAAAGAUAUUUGUAAUUAGUGAUUUACUAAAUUUUCCGGACUUAAGAAAUUAAUAAAUUACUAGAUAAAGACAAAUAUUACAUAACAUAAAUAAACAAAAUAUUUACAAACUGAUUGAAUAAUAUAAUUUAUUAGUUAACACAUAAUAGCAUAUAAUAUUGUAUUAUUAAUUUAAUCCUUUUUCAAUAAUUCAAAUUAUUACUACAUAAAUAUAUAGUAAAAUUUUACAAGAAUAUUCAUUAUAUUUAAUAACUAUAUUAAAUUAGCAAACCAAACAAAAUAAUAUACACUCUAUAUAAUUUCUGAAGAUUAUUAUUAUUAUUUUUAUUGGUUUAACAAAAUAUAGAAUAAUAAUACAUUUUAUGUCUAAAAAAUAACCUAAUAUUGAUUAAGACCUGCAAUAUUAUAUUAUAAUCUUAGUAAUAUAAUAUUAUCUUAAAACUAAUUAAACUAAUUAAUAUUGUUUAAUAUUAAUAGCAUUGUCAGAAAAGCUGUUAACAAAUGGUUAUUGAUUUAUAAAUUAUUGUUAAUGGGUACUUUAAUAAUAAUUUAAUUGAUAAAUAUAAGUAUAUAAUCAAAAAAAGACAAUUGAUUAUUUAUGACGACUACUUCAAAAAUUUAAAACUGAUUAUUUGUUUAUCUAAUGAUAACUUUUAGGUUAUUUAUAAUCAUAAUGAUAAUAAAAACUCAAACAUAAAAUAAUAGGGUUUAGGUAUUUUAAUAUUUUCGUAAUUCAUUGUUAAUAUUGGUAUUAAUAUUUAUUUAACUAUAACAUAAUAUUUUAUCAUGAUAAUACAUCUGUUACAUGUACAACACUAUUAAUUCUUACAUUUAAUAUUAUCAAUUCUAAUUUCUAUAUUAUAAACACUUUUUUCAUCUUCUAUGGUUUUCAGCCAUUAAGAUAUUGUAGAUACUUGCAUAUUGUUAUAUAGGUACUUGAGUGUAGUUGAAAAUACUAAAAACUUGUAAUGACUUAUAAAAUGACAUAAUUUAAUUUUAUGUUGAGAUGUUUUUUUAGUUUUCCAAAUAAAACUACAGCCUAAUAAGGUGAUAAUCACACAGGAAUACAAAAUUUCAAUUAAUCAAUUACAAAACAUUUAUAUAAUGUUAUACUAAGUCUUAUACAUUUCAUAAUUUUUUGAAGUAAUUUUGUAAAUUGCAUUAAAAAAAAAAUUUAAUUUAAUUUAAUAUAAUAAUAAUAGACAAGAGGGUCUAAAUGAGUCAUUGGGAGGAAUAACUACAGCAGAGGUCUUCCCAAUGGCCAAAGAAUGUCGUUAAAAAUUUUUUUUAUUUAUAUUUUGUACCUAAAUGAAUAUAAAACUACUUAAUUGAUAAAUGAAACAUUUUUUUUUAGUUAUUAUUGAGCAUGCUGCAUGUACUAUAAUACCUAAAGUCGAAAUUGGGUUUGAUUGUCUACAAAUUAUUAAUUCAAUACUUUGUUUUAUAACAGUCAACAGAACCUAUUUCUUUUAACUAUUUUAUUGUACACAAUUCAUUUAUGAAAUUAAUUAAUUAAUAAUAAGUUUAGGAAAGUAAAAUAUUAAACUAAUUAUUUCUAAUUAUUUAUUUUAAAAGAGUUUGUAAAUCAUUUGCUAAAAAUGUAAUUAUAAGUAAUAACUUAAUAUUAUAAACACGUGCAUUACGAUAUUGACCUAUUGCAAAAUAAAUAAUUUACUUUUUUUCUUUUUCUUACUUACAAUAUGUAUUUAAUUAAAAUGUAAUGGUCAUAUAAAAUUAUCACACAUUAUAAUUUAAAAUAAAUUAUACUUAUUAGUAAAUUAUUUCACGGAAACCAUUUUUAAAUAAUUAAAAAAAAAUGACUGUACAUAAUAACAAACAUAUUUUCCAUGUAGGUAUUUAUUAGAUCAGUAAUUUUUUAAUUUUAUACUGUUCCACGGAUCUUAAGAGUUUCAUACAAGAACUUUAAAGACUUCGUGAAUUAAAUUUGAAACAACACACUACUGUAUUGUUUCAGUAAAACAAUUUUAAUCUCGUUUGUUUACAGUCAUUAAAAAGAUUAUUGAGCUAGUAUUUUACUAAAAUGUUUAGAUCAUCAACCCUCUGAAACCACUUUUUCUAUAGAGGGUUGAAUAAAAGUAGCUGACCUAAAAAAUGCCAGUUUAUUUUCACUGGGAUUUCAUUUGCUUCAACUACUACUUAAAAAUUAAAAGAAAACAACUUGUCCAGUUUUAAACUUUAUGCUUGUAAAUCCUUAGAAUAAUUUGUAUUAUUAAAAAAUACUGACAUCACACGGUGGUUGCAGCCACUGUUGGUGAGAAAUUGGGAAGGUAGGACACAGUAUGGAAUUUAAUGUUUAUCUGUUAGCAAUGAUAAACCAUUCUGAGCAGAGUUCAGUUAAUAGUGAUACUUUUUCAACAAUAUAUAUGUCACAUUAUGGUAAACUAAUUAAAUAGUCAUUAUUUAUUAUAUUUUCUUUAAUAAUAUUUGUUUAAUAUUGUGCCGAUUUUCCUAUUUUUCUGGGUAUUUUCAUGUUCUUCUCUGGGUUUUCACAUUUGCUGAAAAAAUCGAAAAAUGAUCUCUCUAAAGUACCUCCCCAGUCAGAUUUAAUUUUAGAAAUAGUGCUAUCAUUUUAAUAAAAUCAAAAUUGCUAGUAGAAAAGUUGUGCACAGAUUAAAAAAAAAAAACAUCUUUGUAUAACCAAGCUCUUGUUUUAACAAAAAUCAUUACUCAUAGAUUUAAAAUAUUAUGAUAUUUGAGAAAGGUGGGUUAAGAUAUUUCGGAUAGUAUUCAAACCCUUCUAUACAAUUUGUAAAAUAAAUCAGUUCUAGUGAUACUGAAGUAAAGUUUAAAACAUAUUGCCAGUAUUUACAAGUUGAACAAAAAAUUUAUGAAAAGUGUGAAAUUUUUAUUAUACUAUUAAACACUUAUGAACAUUAAUUAUUAAUUUAAAAAAAAAAAUAAAAAAUUGUGGUACAUCUGUCAAAUAGGUACUGAAGCUGCAAUACCUGGACAUAUAGAUUGGCAUUACUGAAUAGUUUUCAUUUCUUAGUUGUGUGUAUAAGUCAUUAAUAAGUCUGCAUGCAAAAAUUACAAAUUUAAUUAUUUCGUGACUUGAAAUAUAAUAAAUAGAAAUUGAUUGAUUUCAUUGAUUUUAGAAUUUCAGAUCUUUUUUGACAUCACAACUAAAUUUGUAUGUUGGGUACAUUAAUUAUUUAAUAUGGUUAUCUUAAAUAUUUUAUUAAUAUGAAAAAAAAUGAAUAUUUUUCUUAAAAUAUUAAUAUACAUCAAUAAAAAGGUAAAAUAGUUAUAUUUAGACUAGUAGAAUAGAGAAGAAUAUAGGUGCAUAACAUUUCUAUCUGUAGGUAGGUAACAGUUUCCUCCUACUCUUCUAAUCCAAAUGUUAAAUAAUUAUAAUUACUAAAACAUUAACCCUAUAUUAAGGUUAUAUAAUAUAUUGCGCAUCAACAUUUUUUAAAAAAAACUAUUAUCUUUUCAAAUUUGAGAAUAAGAUUACCAAAUAUGAUAUGUUGUUAUUUUAAAAUUAAAAGUUUACAUCUUUCAAGAUUGUAUUGAGAUUUCGAAUAGGGCUAAAAUGUUGAAAAUUGUUAAAAUAAUGACCUUAAAUGUGUGACAAAAAUAAACAACGUUAAUGCAUAAAAAUGUUCUUAGAUAAUUAUUUUACAUGAUAAAAAUUGCUUUAUACAGUAAUAACUGAUAACGAUUAAUAUUAUGUAACCAUUUUAUUAAUAAAUUAUAAUACACAUAUGUAGGUUUUAAGUGUAGAUAUACAAUUUUAAAUAUUGAAUACAAUUGUAAUGAGCGCAUACCUAAAUACUGCAUAUAAUUAGUUUAUAAUAUGAGUUAUUUUAAUUACGAAGUAUUGGUAGGUUAUCAGUGUUAUCCAGUUAUUAGAUAAAUUAAAGAUCAAAACAUAAUUUUGUGUAAAAUGUAUAUUUGUAGAUCUUUUUAGUCCUCCUAAAUUACCACCUGUGCCAGAAGAAUGUCAGAUGUCCACAGAAUCGUCCAACAAUUUAUACAAUCAAUCUUAUGGGAGUGUAAAUACAUGUUAUCAGACAAAUCAGCAUUCAUUGUCUUUACAUUCAGAACUGAACCAACUUAAAAUGACAAACAUACGACAAGAAACUACAGAUUCAUCAUGUCCAUUACAUGCUGGUAGCUAUACAACAGAAGAGAACUAUCAAUCAAAUUUUUCAACAAUGUUUCAUCAAACUUCAAAUGGAGGAGAAUAUCAAUCCAACAAUCAUUCUUAUAACAGUAUUCCUCAGGGAACUACACAAACUCACCAUAAUGAAAUACAGUUACCACCUCCCCCACCUGCAUAUCCAUUUGAAUUUAAUACAUCUAACAUAAGUCACGAAUCAGUCAUAAACACUAACAAUUAUAACCAACAUCAAGAUAUGUCUUCUACCAAUAACACUGUGAUGACUUAUGGAAAUGGAUCAUCAACUAAUGAAUUUAAAAAUAGAACUCCACAAAUACAAACAUAUACCAAGUUCCCUCCAGUAAGAAAUUCUCACGAUCACUUUGUUACACCAAAAGUAAAUAUUAAUUGUAAACUUGAUAUUAUUUUAAAGCAUUUUUAGGUUUAACUUUUCUGCAUAUUUUAGGUUAGACAAAGGCCACGUGGGAGACAAACUCAACCAAAGCAAAAAAUUAUGCAAUCAAAUAUAAAUUCAUCGAAUGAUAAUAACCAAAGUGUUUUACUUGCUCAACUUCUCUCUUCAAGUAAAUUUUAUUUAAUAAAAUAUUUUUUAAUAUUCUUAUGAUUUUAUUAUUUCCGUUAGAUAAUAUGUUUUCAACACCGAGUACAACUGGAGUUUCUACUAAUAUGACUAAUAUGACUAAAUUUAGAAAUACAAAUGGAUCUUAUCAGUCAUAUCAACAAGUGCCACAAAUACAACAAAUACCAUAUCAAUUAAUUCAAAGAAGAGCAAGAACACCAGAUCAUGUUUUAACUUCAUACACUGAUCACCUAGUAUAUCGUAAACCAAGUCCAGUUUUUAUGAAUCAAAGGUAAUGUAAUAUAAAUAAAAUAACAUAUUAAAUAUAUAUUAAUUAUAUCAUAAUGUAUUAAUAUUUAAAAUCUUUUAAAUAUUCUUAGUGACUGUAAUGUUUAUAAUUUAACUCCUAACACUCGUGGACUUCUUGAUGCAGUUGCAACACCUGGCGGUAUUCAUCAACUUCCUCAAAUUCAACCUCGAUUUGAUAUACCAAAUGGAAACAUCCAAAGUUAUUCAACCUAUAGAUUCCCUCAAACUCCUCAAGAGUAUGUCAAUCAUUCUGUCAUGGAUAAACCAUCACCUCCAAGUAAUCAACCCUCACCUACAAAUAACUACAGUCAACCUUUAAUUACUCCAAUUCCUCAAUCUCUAACAAUACCAACUUCACCCAUGGCAUGUAGUACAGAUCUUUGCCAAAAGACGCAUUCUCCAAAUCAAUGUAAUGAGUCUGUAAAUUUAUCACAAAGGAAUGGCACAAUGUCAAUGCCGACACAUGCUAUGAUUCCUGGUCCAUCAAGAACUCCAUAUAAGGUAAUAUAACACACCGAUAUGUGUUUAGGUUACACAAAUUCCAUUAUUUUGAAUUAUCUAAACAAAUAUUAGUAUGAACUGCUCAUGAGCUUAAGGCCUAGGUCGAAAUAUGUACAGGAGCAUAGGAGAGUUUGUCAUAUAAAUGCAGAACAAAAACGGAGAUGCAACAUAAAAAAUGGAUUCGAUAUGUUGAAUAUGUUAAUACCACAAAUUAAUCAAAAUCCUAAUACAAAAAUGAGUAAAGCUGCCAUGUUACAAAAAGGUGCGGAUUACAUCCUUCAGCUGAGAGCAGAACGAGCGCGACUGUAUGAUGAGAGACAAAAUUUGCAACAACAAGUUGAAUCUCUUAAUCUAGCUAUAAGGUAAACAUUUAUACAAACUUUUAAUUAAUAAUUGCUCUACUUUAUUAAACAAUAUGUUUUAAUUUAUAGUAAUUGCCAAGCAAUGUUACCUGCAACAGGAGCUCCUUUUUCUAGACAACGUACAACAAAAAUGAAAGAGAUGUUUGAUGAAUAUGUAAAAAAACGAACUCAAGAAAAUUGGAAAUUUUAUAUUGUAUCCUUAAUUUUUUUUUAAUUGAACCAAUCAAUGGUUCUAGAAAUCUAGCAGUUAAUUUUAUACUGAUUAAAGGUGCCUCACACACUGCAAUGGUAAAACGGCUGUAGUAAAAUAUUGUCGUGGUUUUUAAAAAACCUCUGCAUGAUUGAAUUUUACCGCUACCACUAGUGGUUUUUAAGUUUUUUUCAUCAUUUUUUUGAAUAGAUAUCUUAUUUAAAAUGUGGAUAAAUUUAAACAAAAAUAAAUAUGAAGUAAAAUAUUAUUAUAAAAAAUAUAUGAUUUUAUUAUAACUGUAGUGAGUACACAAUGUGAUGAGCUAUUCAAAACGUUGAGGUCAUAAAUGUAUAGUUUUCAACCAGUUGAUUAAACAAUAUUAUAUAUUAUAUAAUAUUAUAUCAUUAUAUUGAUAUUUUAACAAACUCUUAAAUCAGCUCUGUGUAAACAAUUAAAAAUUGAUUAUAAUAACAUUAUUGCCCAAUAAAAGGUAUAGGUCAGUGGUUCUCAAUCUUUUCUGACGAAAACUCAAAUUUAUCCCCGAAAAUCUAUUGACUCACAUGGUUUCACUUUUAAAAAAGUUGUUCAUGAAAACAGCUGCGAAAAUGAAAAAAUGACAUUUAAAGUACCACCCCAGUCAGAUUUCCUUUCAGAAAAAAUAAUACGCUUGAAAUUUGGAGCAAAAUUGUUGGUAGAAAAAUUGUUAAAAAUAACUUUGUUGUAAAACCAAUGCAUUCCUCACUCCGCUCAGAAUCUAAAAACAUACAUUUUUUGGAAUCUAUAUAAUUCAAAACAACUUUCACGAUCCACGAAAAAUUGUGGGUUUGAGAAACACUGGUAUAGGUAAUUUAAUAAUAUAAAUAAAUAAAUAAUUAAUUAUUAAUAUAUGGUAAACCCCGAUACCGCCCUGCAAUUGUGUGAACUCGGCGAGCAGUUUACUAUAUCACUACUGCUACCGUGACAGUGUGUGAGCACCUUAACACAAAUACUAUUGAUUUAACUUUCAUAAGAUACAGAUAAUACAAUUUUAAAUGGUUAAUAUAAAAUAAUUGCGUUACAAUUAAAAUAUAAUUUUCAUUAAUACAUAGUAUUAAAUUAGAAAAAAAAAAACAUUUUUAAUUUGUGUAUUUUACAAGCAUGUUUUUACUUUUUUUUAUAAAUUAUUAGUAUUGCCAAUGAUAUGUUUAUGACAAGUCUUUUAGAUUACUCAUUAAUAAAUAGAUUGAAUUACAAAUUUAAACAAAAUCAAAGCCAUGGAAAAAAAUAUAUAUAUAUUUUCUUAAUUAUACAUAGUUUGUAUUAUGUAUAUUUAUAAACAAGUAUAGUGUUCAUUAUUUGUAUUGUUUAAAUAAUCAUAUGUUGUAUAUUAGUUCCUUAAUUAUAUAUUGUUUAGCUUAGUUUAAUUGCGGAACCACUUCUAAAUUCGUUUAACUCUAGUGUGUCAACAUCAAGUUAUGAAGAAAUGUAUCGUACUACUCUUCAAUGGGUAGAACAACAUUGUACACUGGGUGAUCUCAGACCAAGUAAGAAUUUAAUAAUAAAGUUGUCCUAUUUUUCAAACAUCAGUUAAUAAGAUGUGUUAAUUUUGUAGGUAUACAAUAUUUAUGUUAAAUAUUUAGAACCUUGUAUGAUCAAUUUCUACUUUUUAAUUAUUUUAGGAAAUAUUAAGGUAUACAUCAAUGAUGAUCAUGUAUGACACUCACUAUCUCUAAAUGUAUUAAUAUUUUUCAUAAUUUGUUUUAGAACAUUUAUGAAAUAAAUAGUUCUAAAAUGUAAAAUGUAUUUAUUUUUUGUCAUACUUAUUUUGUGGAGUUAAGUCACUACCUGCUUUUGAUUUUCAAAUAAUAACCUAUAUUAGAUAAUCAUAAAUAGAUAGAUUAUUAGUUUAAAUCAAUUUUGGUGUUAAGAUUUUUAAUUUCUGUCGAUCCGUUGACAAAAAAUUCCCCUUUUAAGUUUUGGCAGGGAUGGAGUUGGAGUACAUCAUUUGUGUGGUGACAUGGUGAGAGGAGUUUUAAUAGUGUUCCAUCAAUCACUUUCUACUUAAACUUAAAAGUAGAAAUUUCAACACCAAAACUUAGUAAAACUAAUAUUCCAUAUAUUUAUGGAAUUUUAAAUACAGAUUACUAUUUUAAAAUCAAAAGUAUGUUAUAGUUUUACCCCUUAAAAUAAGGGUGACAAAAAAUAAAGAUACAAUAUUUUAAAGCUACUUAUUUCAUAAAUGUUUUUAAUAACAAAUUCUGAAAAAAGUAAAAAAUGAAUUAAAUAAUGCACUAUAUUGAUCACCUAUGUAAAAUAAUUUGAUUUGUGAUUUGUUGAUACAAUGUUAUCUUUUCAGUUGCUUUAAAUGCAUUGCGAAACUUAUGUACAUCUACAGAAAUAUUGUCAGAUCCUAAUAAUCUACCUGAGGAAAUAAAAACCAUCAUUCUAAAAAACCAAACCAAUCAGUCACAAGGAAACCGAAAUUAAAAAUACAUAAUUUUUUAAUUUUAAUGUGCCAUUUUGUUUUUAUAGG